AUGAACAAAAGUAAUCUUGCACUCUGUCUUAUCUUCGGUAUUGUUUGUUACACAAAUGCAGCAACAAAUAAAGCAACAACAACUGCAUUUUUAAAACAAUUGACAGCUGCAUUGAACAGUACUGGUGCAGGAACAACCAAUUUUCCGAAUUCGGUUGCAUAUGUAACAAACACAACAAAUCAAAAGGUAUUAUUAAGCGGCGAACAAGGAUGCAUUAAUUUCUUUUAUGGUUUAUUAGCUGCAUUUAAAACUGAUUUACAAAACGAUAAAGUCAAAGUUGAAGAUGCUCGACAACAAUUUAAUCAAUUUAUUCAAAUGAAGUUUCCAAAUCUUGCUCCACUUCUUCCAAAAUAA